UCUAAUCAUUGCAAUGAUUAGAACUGGUUAAAUGUAUGAAAAUAAUGUUUUUCUCUGCAUUUCAGCAUUAGAUCCUUCAUUGUACCUGAAACUGCAACAUCUGAAAUGUCUGUCCAAGAUUGUAAAGGUGAUGACCAAGAACAACUAUACCAUCCUCCUGAAAUUAUACCCCUUUAUGGGAUCUCAUCAAAGAUGGCCCCAUUGUUUCAAGAGUCUGGAUAUAAGAAAGGCCAUACCCUCUCCAGCAGUGAAGUGAGAAGUGUGAUAGUCAGCUAUGUGAAGGCUAAUGAAUUGGUUGAUGAAAUAAACAAAAAUUUUGUAAAGGUAAAUCCAAUUUUGUGCGACUGUCUGUUGGACAAAGCAGAGCAAGAUGAAAUUUCAAAACUCAAGUGGGAUGAUCUCCUCAGCAGGUGAGGGAAGACUAAUUCAUAGUAGUG